AUGCUACAGCGUUGCAGCUACGACUAUCUGGAAAUUCUGGAGAACCUCGCGAAUUCGUCAACCUUGAAUAGUUCGGAAUCAGGUCGGCGUCUUUGCGGCGAUUGGAGUUCAAAAUUAAAAUUACUACGAUACGUUAGUAGGGGAUCGAAACUAAAAGUCAGAUUUAGUUCGGAUUAUUCGCAUCAUUUCGGAGGAUUUAAGGCUCGCGUCUCAAUGGAAAACGUAGCACUCACCACCUACCAACGUGUAAUGCAGUGUUCCGACGAUCGCCUUCAAAUGUUCAACAACUCAUGCUACCUCUUCGUCAGUUACCCUGAGGUGACAUGGUCGACCGCCCAGCAAAUCUGCAUGGGAAUCAAGGGCCAACUCACGUCAGUUUUGACACCCGAAGAGGAGAACUUUAUCAGCGCGAACAUACGAAAGAAUCCCGAAUAUCGGACGAGCGCGAUCUAUUGGUUCGGCGCGCGAUCUGGAAGUAACGGUAAAUUUCACUGGGUCGACGGAAACGCUAUGAGUUACUCCGGCUGGCUUCCGAACUACGCGCCGGAAGAGACGAACGCCUUGAUCAAUCCGAUGUGCUUGGGCGUGCGGUGGAUGCCGACGCCGACCAGCUCGCUUCCGAGUGGGUUGUAUUGGAAUACAAUUAAGUGCGACGCGGUCGGCGGAUACGUGUGCAAGCGGCCCAAUCAGAUGCUCGGUUUCGGAAUUAAUUUUAACAGAACUGUGAACGGAACCGAGGGGCAGUUGACUACGCCGAACUAUCCGGAGUAUUACUACAACAACUUGGAUUUUUUCAUUAGAAUUGUCGGCCCGGAGAGGACACGCAUCGUGAUACGUUUCCAGAAAUUAAACAUGGAGUCGCAGCUCGAAUGUUUGUACGAUUACGUUGAGGUGAAGAGUAAGAAUGAGGAGAGCAGCGUGAAAUGGUGCGGAAACCACGACGCCGAUAUGCACAGAUUUGACUUUGUAUCCGACGAUCACGAGGCCAUAGUCCACUUUCACUCCGAUUACUCCAUAUCUGGAAGCGGAUUUCUUCUCCAUUGGUACGCCGUCGAUGUGUCUUCGUGCCCGGCUCAGACUCUCACCGCCAAAGAAGGCGUGCUUGUCAGUCCCAACUAUCCGCUGUUUCUACUGCCACACUUGGAUUGCUCAAUCACAAUCCUAGCACCUAGCGGAAGGCGAGUUUGGUUAGAAUUUAAAGAGUAUAGCAUCGGCACAUCUUCCAAUCAAGAUAAGAAUGACGGGGGAGGUAAUUUGUUGGAGGUAAAAUUGGGUAGCCAGGUGCCCGGAUUUCAGCCGUUCCAAAACAAUGAGCUAGUUAGCGAAGGUUCGUUUAUGUCGACCACCGAAAAGCUUCAGAUUGCGCUUAAAACCGACGGUAAUCCCCACGGAAACGGCUUUAAGGCGAUUUACAAGAUUGUAAGCGAUUCGGAAACGGAAAAAGUACACGAGCUGAAGAACGACAGCGUGGGAGUAUUAAUGCAUCUGAACUACCCGCACGCUCCAUUGCCACAUGUCAAUUUCAUCCAGCACUUUGUCGCCCCUUUAGGGUACAUAAUAUCUUUGGAAAUUCACCAUGUGAGAUUAAGCGAUGGGGAGUGCUCGUCGAACAUGGGAGUAAUAGAAAUUUACGACAAUUACGCCGAUAACGGAACGCAUUGGUUCCUGUGCGAUAAAGAGAACGAAAACGGACUGGUCCCACACGCUCCGAUCGCAAUAUCGUCGUAUCUCAACACGUUAUCGGUAAGGCAAAAAAGUGCGAGUGUUGGUGUCGCAUUGAACGCAUCGCUCAGGGUGAGAUUCGACGAAGACUUCAAGAUUAAACUGCUUAGUUUCAAGGAGGAUAUGAUGGAGUUUUGUAGUCGGAAUCCAUGUCUAAACGGAGGCAGGUGCAUGGAGAAAGGCGAUCAGCAGUUCUGCCAGUGCUUGGGAUACUAUACAGGUUUAUUCUGCGCUUUGACACAAUGCGAGCUGGAACCUUGCAUCUUUGGAAAAUGCGAAUUGACGCCGACAAGUUACAAGUGUCACUGUAAGCCGGGUUAUCUUGGUACCAACUGUGACCAAAAACAGCGUCCUUGUGAGGGAAAUCCGUGCGAAAGUCGAGGUGUUUGCGUUGAGAAAGGCAACAGCUUCCACUGCCGGUGUCACGCUUGGUGGGAGGGUCCGCGAUGCGAGCGUCGGAUGAUGCGCAUUCCCUAUAAACCUCUCAGUGAGCGCAUGCUAGAGGAGCCGUUCUGGCUAGGACUCAUCACCGUAACUGUAGUAAUGGGAGUGAUCGGACUGGUUUGGUGCGCAAAAAGGCACUUCCCCGAGAAAAUCGAAAAAUUACUAGCCGAAGACUCAGAUCGCAAUGUGCCCUCGCUGAGAACGUCGCUUCGCGAGCAAUUAGCCGCAUCGGGCGCGUCGGCGGUGACAGUAACCCCAAGUCCAGGUCCGGGAGUACCCCGCUCAAUUUUUGGCCGCCUGGGUAUCCGCAAGCCAUCAAUCCUCAGCCUCACCAGCCCACGCGCCAGCGGCUACUCACCUGCCACCGCCCGAACCUUUAGUUUGGACGAUUUGCUAAAACCCCCGAGACGUAAGGCCGAGUGCCUUAGCUGGACGCCGUCGCCUAGAAAAAGACGCAACAACUCAACGCCCACAAAGAAGAACGCUGCGGAAAAGAAACAAAUUCUUCAACAACUGGUUACGCCUUCCGGUAACAAGCAAGUUUCAAAAAAAGUGAGCUUAGGUGAACUGAUUCAGUUGACGGAACGUAAAGGUAAAGAUGGCUGCGAAAGUAAACUAGACGUCUUGGGACCAAUGAAAGAAACGAAAUUACUAGUCGACUCCCCUUCAAUUGUACUAAACGAUCCCAAACUAGAGAAAAAGGUAACUUUCGCCCGACUCUUGAAUAAAGUGUCAGCGGAGAUGAGUUCAGGUUCUGAAAUGGAAUUGGGAAUUAUGCACGCUAACAGAUUGGGGUGUGCUUUCGCUCGUCCGUCUAGCACGCCGCCUUCCCCGGCGGCCGAUGCGCGUUCUCCGAACAGUACGUCUAGUAAUCAAGGGAGCGAUACGUUUUCAGGUUCAGAUCUCGCGCUUCCUUCGGCUUUCAGUUGUAGCGUUUCCGAUUUGAUUAACAAUAGGAAGCAUUGCAAGUUGCCAAAUGGGCGUCAGAAGCCGGCGAGUGCCGAUUCGAUUCUGGCGAUGUUUAGGAACUUUUCGUCGAGCUCGGCUGGAAUUAACCUGUCCAAUUCGUUGAAGGUGUCGCCGUCUACGACACCGACGGCGUCGAGUCCUCAAGAUGAUAUCGUCGGCGAUGAUGAGUCGUCGACUUCUUCAAUUCACACCCCUAUUUCGUUUGCGAGUAGUGGCGCACUUGAGAGUCCGGUGUUGAGUAGACAGUCACCGGGUACAAUCGAAGUGCCUGUGCUUGACAUGUUAAGUGCGCAUAAGUCAACGAGCAGUGGCAGUAACCUACUGCACCCACCCACAAUUCUAUUAGAAAUACCAAGCACAAUCAACAAGUGCCUUUCGCCCAUCCGAGAAUUACCGACGCCUCUACCGUCACCGAUGCCGUCGCCCGCUUUUACGCCAAUCAUGCAUCGAAGUACUGCCUCCUCAUCAAUCAACGACAUUAGCGUGGACACAAGCGACGAUCGAAUCUCCAUCGAAAUACCAAAUAUAUCAAUUAGUGACGAUGACGAAGUGAUGCACUGCGUUCAAGAUAUAGCAAUCGACCCACACGCCGAAGACGGGCUGAUUAUGGAGGAGGCGGCCGUUUUGCAACAAUCCACUCAGCCUCAAUUCAAAGUCAAGAUUCGCCCACCUUCUUUGGGAUGCCUAUCGGAAGUUUCGUGUUCUCGACCGGCCCCGCUAGUUAUACCGACAUUAACAAUUCAAACGCCCUCCCCAACUCGUCAAAAAACGCCUCCACACCUUUUGGGCUCUCCUCCUCCUCACAGAUCCGAUUACCAACCCGAAACGAAUUUUCCAUUCAACGCUAAGCAGACACGCAAGAUGCUAAAGGAGUUUGAUAAGCCAACAUCUCUAGAUUUACCAUCGAACCCCCCGAUGAUAACGAUAACGUGCAAUAUGAGCGAGGCGGAGUCCGACGUCGAGUCGAUCUCUCCAGCGCCGAAGAACGCAGAUCACCUCGGCGCAUCGACCGGCGGAAUGUGCUACCUGAGUCCGUUCACCAUGGGCUCUCGCGGCGACCGUACCGCAUCCGAAUCGAAUUUGAGCUCGUCUGGUUACAGCUCGAUGGCGAGUCCCGGCCCCUCACGUUGCGGAUCGAGCAAUCCGCUGUGUCCAUCCGAAAUGGAAGACCCGGGCCCGCCCGGUCCCGGCUCUACAAGCUUGCACCCCUCGCUAAACCGAAGACCUUCGCCAUUACUAAAGUCGAGCUGCAAUACGAGCGAGCAUAGCAAAAUGGAAAAUCGCGAUAAUCAGGGUGGAAGGGGACGAUCCGAUUCGGAAACGCUUUCCGACGACCCGCUGAUCGAAUCAAACGACGAAGGUAUCGGAACGGAUCACUUAGACGAAAAGAUCGAAGACGGCGAGCUAAAGAGCGCGAAGGAGCUCGAAGUGUUCAUAACGACUGAAUGUGAUAACUCAAAAACUUUAAUAGACUUACCGUCAAUUACUAAUUUAAGUCCGCGCGUUGCAAAAUGCGCAAGCUUAGAAGCCAACAUUGACCAUUUACUGCCUCCGCCGAGCACGUGUAAGUCAACCUUACAGUUACCUUCCAUUGUAGUGCAAAACGACCCUAGCACAUUCGAUAAAUAUUUGAGCCCGAUGAGCUCACGUAGUGAAAGUCCCUUAAGCGAUAAAACCCUAGGCUUAGAUAGAUUUUCCCCACAAUUUUACGGUAGAAAUAAAGAUGUCCUUCCCUUCACCGAUUCAGAUGGAUUAUACGACUUCCCGAGCACGGAUAAAAUGAACAUCUCAUCGACGUCACAUCAGCACAGAAAAUCGACGGGGCGAAGAAGAGAGAAGAGAUCGUCGAGGCAAAUGAAGACCCUAAGCCCUUCUAAAGUAGUUGUUCCUAAUUUAGCUCACUAUCAUUUGGAUGUUCCAGGACAUAAAAUUAACACUCCUCGUAAACCAAGCCCAAAAAGGCGUGUACGCACACAACCAUUCAGUUCGUCGUCUAGCUCUGAUAGCAUUACCUCCACCAGAGAUGUUAGAUAUUCGUCGUCCACCCCCAGCCCGGAUACCAUCAGAUGGUCGUCGUCGACCGACUGGCUCAACAAUAAGGACCACAGAUCUCCCGAGGCUUCUGGAGAGGACACAGGAGAUGACGUGGACGCCGCGACCCACCCGAAGUCAUUGGAAGAUCUUCCUAAACCGCACAAAAUCAGUCGGCUUAGAGUGAUCAGUAACCAAAUAAGGCUGGAGAUUAGUCUGAAGAAAAGGGAGCGAGUGGUAGUGAGCCCCUGCGAAAGUUUGGACAGUGACGAGGAUUCUCCGAGGGCGACGUCACCUCUUCUGCAACCCAGCAAUGAAAAACGACCAGAAAUUAGAAAAAGUAAUAGCAUAGGAAUAUUACAGUCGAAUUUUAGCAACGCAACCGUUAGAAAUAAGCGAGGCAAUUACAAGAAAGGGGAAUUGCUGCUUCCCGACGAGGAGAGCAGUUGGAAACAUGUAGUUACUACAUCUGGCAACGGAUACUCAGAUUAAUAAAUUAAAAGUAAAUAAUUAAUAAAUAGUAAUAUAUUCUAAACAACGAACAAUCAUUAACGUAAUUUUUUAAAAGGAAACAUGCAUAGUUUACCCAUAUGAGGAGCGCAGAGUAUUUAUUAAACUGACAUCUUCAUAUGGGGCGUAUUUUUAUGCUUUCUCAAUUAAUAAAUAUAUUUGUAAUAAAAAUUGAGCCUUAACAUUUAAGCUUAAUUGUAAAUAAUUACGAUGCUCAAAUUUAUUUUAAUGUUAUAUGUCAAACUCGAUGCAAAAGAUGAAUAAUUUUUAUAAGUAUUAUUAAAGAAGGCCUAUAUGUAUUCAUAACUUUGUCAAUAUUGAGAACAGGGCCAUUUUAUGGCAAUUAAUUGUUACAAGCGGCAUCGUCAAAGUGUCCACCUGAUGGAGAGGACAAAAAUUAAUUAUAAGGGCCUGAUCAUGAGACUGAUUUUUUUUACAAAGUUCAGUAAUUAAUUGUUAUACACACGUUUCUGUAUUAAUGCACUUUUAAUGUCUAUCGUAAAAAUGAUCGUUUUACUCUUUCGCCGUUUCGAAGUCGUACCUACUAUGUAUUUAUAACUAUACGGGUAUCGUUAUUGUUGGUACCACUGUGAUAGCACAGACCGCUCUGUGACUUCGGUAUAGCAAUUAAUGUCUAGCAAUACUGGAGGGAACAAGGGGUCACUUAAAACAGCACAACUAAAAAGCAAUUGUUCUUAGCCUAAAGCACACAACGUAAUAUUCGUAAGCGUAACGUAUAAGUACUUAAUACCUACUUGAACAUAAUAUAUAUUGUUAAUAAAUACUUCUUACAUAUACCUACUAGUGCUCAGUCUUUCACUUCUUAUUCCAAUAUGUCUCAUUUGCUGUUGUGAUCAAUAAUUAAAUAAAAUGCUUGUUUAUU